AUGCCGAGCACUGGUCCGUUUGAAACUCAAUUCUGGCUAGGGGUGCUGUCAUCUGGUUCAUUUGAGCUUAGGAUAAAAAGUUUCACGAACUCAUUAGGUAGGUUAAGUAGUGGACAGUGCUGUGAUGGUUCAUCCAAUAGUGACGCGCCGUGCUUGGCGCCGUGCAGGACUAAAUUCCGAGUGUGCCUCAAGAUAUACCAAGCUAACAUCGAUACCACGUCACCGUGUACCUUCGGGGACAUCACUACGCCAGUGUUGGGAGGCAACUCCCUGGACGUGCCGAAUCUAAAUGUUGAAGGAUUCAGCAAUCCCAUCGUUUUCCCCUUCGACUUCACGUGGCCGGGCACUUUCUCGCUGAUAGUCGAAGCGUGGCAUGACACGAAUGAAACUUCAAGAUCUGAUGAUUCCCUUAUUGCCCGUAUGACGAAGCAGAGUAUAGCGGAUGUUGGAGGCCCGUGGGUGGAGGAGGACCAACGGUGGGGCGGACCUGAGGGUGCUCAUUUAAGGCUGUCGUAUCGAGUGACGUGCGCCGCGCAUUACUACGGCUCUGGCUGUGAGGUCCUAUGCAGGCCUAGGAACGAUUCAUUCGGACAUUACACCUGCUCGCCCGCGGGAGAGAUCGUAUGCAGACCUGGCUGGACGGGAGACUACUGCUCCAAACCGCGCUGCCUGCCCGGCUGCGACGCGGAGCACGGCCACUGCCUCAAGCCCGACGAAUGCAUCUGUCACUCGGGCUGGGUGGGCGAGCUGUGUGACCAGUGCGAGCGGCACCCGGGCUGCGUGCGCGGCACCUGCUCCAAGCCGUGGGACUGCAUCUGCGAGGAGGGUUGGGGCGGCUUGUUCUGCAACCAGGACCUCAACUACUGCACGAACCACCGCCCGUGCAGGAACGGCGGCACGUGUCACAACACUGGCCAGGGCAGCUACACCUGCGUCUGUCCCGCCGAGUACACGGGUCCCGACUGCGAGAAGUCGCUGCACUCCUGUGCCGUCCGGCCGUGUCGAAAUGGGGGAGCCUGCGUUCCCGACGAAGGAGGAGAACUGUCCUGUGCCUGCCCCUCGGGGUACGAGGGUGCGCGCUGCGAGACCAGAAGAUUGACUUGUGCCGAUAGACCUUGUCGCAACGGUGGAACGUGUGAGCCCCGAUCUUCCGGCUUCGUGUGCAUGUGUCCCGCUGGGUACGCCGGAGUCGACUGCGGCCUAGAGGCCGAUCCCUGCGCAGCCAACCCCUGCCGUAACGGAGCGACCUGCUCACGCGCCGGCGACGGCUUCCGCUGCAACUGCAAGUCUGGCUUCCGCGGCAACCGUUGCGAAAUCGAUAUAGAUGACUGCGCCGGUAUCACAUGCGAGCACGGCGGCACCUGCGUCGACCUGGUGAACGGACAGCGCUGCCAGUGCGCGCCAGGCUUCCUCGGCCCACGCUGCGAGACCCGAGUGGACCUGUGCUUAGCGAAGCCCUGCGCGAACGGAGGAGAAUGCCUGGUGCUCGACAACGACUACGAGUGUCGUUGCCGGGCGGGCUUCGCCGGCAAGGACUGCAGCAUCGACGUGGACGAGUGCGCCUCCUCGCCGUGCAGGAACGGAGGCACGUGCAAGGACCGUGUCGACGGCUACACCUGCCUGUGCCCGCGCGGCUGGAGCGGCAAGCUGUGUACGGUGUCGUUGGCCGAGCUGGCGGCCGCCAAACCGGCGGGCGGGCAUCUGCGGCGCGUGGGCGACGAGGCGGAGGGCGCGGGCGAGGUGGGCACGGCGGGCGAGGCGGCGCCGCUGGAGCGCGGGCAUGUGGCUCUGAUAGCGGCGGCAGCGGCGCUGGUGCCGCUGGUGGCGUUGGUGGCGGGCGCAGCGCUGUGUGUGCGGCGGCGGCGGGCGGCGCGCGCGGCGGACGCGGAGGCACGCGCACAGAACGCGGCUAACGCGGGCGGGCGCGUCAUCCGCAAUACGUGGGGCAAGUGCGACGCGCCCGCUGAGUGCCAGAAUGCACACAACGCGGCCGCGGAGGAGUGUAAGCGCAAAACGCUGAACACGGAGAGCGCGGCGCGCCUGCUGGCCGCGCUAGAUCCGCGCCUCUCGCGGCUCUCCGCAGACUCCGCCUACUGUGCGAACAGCGAUACGUCGCUAGUGAAACGAGCGCUAGAAGGCGGAGGGGUGUAUGUGUUAGACGACCACUGCCUGCCGCCGACCUUCGCCACACAAGUGUAGUGCUUACCGAAGCGUCAAUGGACACGAUAACUUAUUUAUUGAUAACGGACGCUAGUGCGAUCAAGGCUGUGCGCCGCGUGUAUAUAUAGCGUUAAUUGUAAAGUGACCCCUGUAUAGACGGCUAGUUGUAAGCGUUCGUAUGUAUUUAUUAGUGAGUGCGAUCCGCGCGCCCUGUAAAUAGUAUCGGCGGCGGGUCGCGCGCGCUGUGGCCUCGCGCCACGUCUGCGAUCUCUGUAGGUAACGGUGCCGCUCGCCCUCUCCUAGACUCGCACCACUGACCGACCACAACCAAACACUGCGGAAAGUUACAUUUUUAGACUAAUUUAUAACGCGAAUGUUGCGUUCAUCGGUUUUACAUUGAUUAUAUUUUAUAUAUUUUUUGUGAUUGACUAAUUAUUGUCAUUUGUUCCUAUGAUUAUAAUGAAUAGUGAUCGAAAUCGAAAAUCAUGUUCAGGUUUUUCUGAAAAUCGACAUAGAUUUUUUCCAAUCUCACUUCGCUUCCCGUACUCGCCGGAUGGACGACGCACAAAGUGCGGUGCGCGAGCGCACGCGCGCCCUCUCUAUUUCGUUGUAGCACUCGGAGGGGGCGCGCGUCUCGCUCGCGGCAUCGCCGCGCACCUAGUUAGGCCGUAAGUUAGAAUAUUUUCGUGUACUUAUAAGAAACAAAAUGUCGAAACCUAAGUCAUUGUGUAUAAAAACUAUUAAGUUGUAGCGUUGUAAGUAUAUUCUCCAUAACUUCCGUAAGAGUACUGACGAUAAUGUUAGGCAACGCGGGACUCCUAGUAUGUUUUGUUUUAACUUAUUUAUUUAAAUAUGUGAAGUGCGAGCAGACGUAGUCGACCGGCACGACGCGGCGCCGGCCCUACGCCGGGACGACGCCGCGUCGUCGACGGCUCGUCGCAGAUAAAUUAUGUUAAAUUGGCCGUUUCAUAAGUGUUGUAGAUAUAUUGAAGUGAUGGCGUCGCCUCCCGUGUUGCCUACUGUACUCAUACGUAGAUUAAAGAAGGUUAAAUCGACGAUUUUGAGAAAUUGUAAAAUUUAUAUCAAACUAUGAAUAGACUGAUGAUCAAUAAUAAUGUUCUUGUAUUUAAUUUUUUAAGAUGACAAAAUGUAAGUUUUAAAUUAUGUGAAAAUUAUGAUUAACAAACAUUUGCCGGACGUAAUUAAAACAUUGUACUUAAAGUUGAUCACAGCGAAACAAACUUUCAUUUUUCUUUUCGAUAUUUUAAAUAAAAUUUACACGAUAUUUCGUUAGACAACAAUAAUAUGACAGUAUUUUAAUUUAUUUAUUGAAAGAUUAUGAUCUUUGAAUUAAUGUAAAUUAAUGAAGAAAUCAAUGUUAAAUUAUUUUUUAAAUUUUGUUUACAAUUGACUGAAGCGGAAGCGACUUCUUGAUUAUUAUUCUGUACUCGAUCGCUUUGUUUAUUAAGUUGCAUUUAAAGUGACGUGUGAGUAUACUGAAAGAUAAACAUUUUAAAUCAUUCCAUUUUUUCAUAGGUAUCUUUUAUCUUCUUUUUUUAUAAAUUUAUUUUUUUAUUUCGCUAUUUUUUCUAUGUUUAUUUUGCAUGUGACCAAUUGAUUGUCUUAAAUGUACUAUGAUAUCGUCUAAGUUAGAUAAAGUACAAGCGUUAUUGUUCUUUCCUUUCUAUUUUUAUAACUUUUAGUAUAUUCACAUUGUGUUUUUGAAUUUCAAAAGAAAAAUGAAAGCGGCCUUGUAUAGAUGAUGUAACAAAUAAUUCCAUAAAUAGAUCCUAUCGAAUAAAAGUCAAACUGUGUGAUGCUGCCGCGGCAGCGAGUGUUUGCGACGAAUGUGUAUUAUUGUGUGCGAACGCACACAGAUAAAAUGUUAAUAAACAAUUGUUUACAAAAGAUUAA